GUUCUGUUUAAUGCUGUAUAGAUUAAAAUGCGUAUUUUUAAAUGAGCGAAUUGUUAAAUUUACCUUAAAAUAAUCUAAUUACCGGACCGUUGCUCCGCGUCUCGUUCAACAAGCUAAGCUAAUUACGGCUUGCUGCCCUCUCAAAGUCAAGUCGGCGUUUCUCAGAAAGUUGUCGAUGUUUUUAACUUCAACACUUAUCAAACUCAUGCGUAACAGUUCGUGAGUAAGGGUUAAGUCUGUUCAAGAACUUUCCUUUUCCACUAGAAAAUGCUUUAAACAAAAUGUGCAUAAUAACAUGCCCCCAAAUCAAUGUUUGCGAUUGCAGAAAAGGUCAGUUUUGUUUACAUUUAAGACAAGUGUGUGUGGUGUGGGUAGUGUGUAAUAGCUCUGCCAUUAUGCCUACAUGACAGUUAGAACUGCAGCAGAGCAUCUUUUGAUUUAGUUUUUAAUCAGUUUUUUUAUUAAAUAAUAAAAAUGUUCAACGAGUUGUUUGUAAUAAUGUACCAUUUCUGUACCAUUAUUUAAUUUACAAGAUUAAAUAACACCUUUCCCCACUUUUCCUAUAGAUUCAUUGACCAUGAUGUUAGAAGGCAGAUCAUGAUGGCCACCUGCCGCAUUCCGCUAGUGCUGUUAGCCUGUGGCUCCUUUAAUCCAAUCACCAAUCAGCACAUGAGGCUCUUUGAGUUGGCCAGGGACCACAUGCACUACACAGGUCAGUUUGAGGUGGUGGGUGGCAUUGUGUCUCCUGUGAGUGACGGCUAUGGAAAGCAAGGUCUGGUGCAGGCUAAGCAUCGCAUCUUUAUGGCAAAACUGGCACUCCAGAGCUCCAACUGGGUCACGGUGGAUGAAUGGGAGAGCCAGCAGCCAGACUGGACAGAGACAGUGGUCACUAUGAGGUAUCAUUACAGUCGCAUACUCAAAGAAUAUGAGCAGAGGACAGGAGCACACAGUGGUGGCCAUGGAAACAUUAACAUCUCAGCUCCACCUCCCCAGCUGAAGCUUGUGUGCGGAGCUGAUUUCCUGAGCACCUUUAAGAUCCCGGGCCUGUGGCUGGACGAUCACGUGGAAGAGCUGGUCAGCCGUUUCGGCCUCGUCUGCAUCAGCCGGGGGAGUCUGCAGCCGGAGCGUGCGGUGCACGAGUCAGACACACUGCACCGCCACCGGCAAAACGUUUUCCUGGUGAGGGAGUGGGUGAGGAACGAAUCGAGCGCCACUGAGAUCCGCCGCGCACUGAGACGCGGUCAGAGCGUGAAGUACCUGAUCCCAGACUCUGUGAUGGAAUAUAUCCAGCAGCACAACCUCUACACACAGGACAGCGAGAGGAGGAAUGAGGGCACGGCGCUGAGGCCGCUGAUCAAACAGGCACAUCAGCACAUAAACAGCCUAAAUGACUCGGAUCUCCUCGGUGAAGAAGCCAGCACCAUGCCGGUGGAUCUGAGCGGAUACUGGAAAAUGGUUUCUAAUGAGAACUUCGAGGGUUACAUGAAGGCUCUCGAUGUAAAUGUAGCCAUCAGGAAAAUUGCUGUCCUCCUGAAGCCAGACAAAGACAUCGUCCACGACGGGGACCACCUCAUCAUCAAGACCCUCAGCACCUUCAAAAACUACAACAUGGACUUCUAUGUGGGCAAAGAGUUCGAGGAGGAUCUGGCAGGAGUGGAUGACAGGAAAUGCAUGACCACCAUUAACUGGGAGGGAGACAAGCUGGUGUGUGUUCAGAAGGGAGAGAUUGAAGGAAGAGGCUGGACCCACUGGGUGGAGGGAGAUGAGCUUCAUCUGAACACCGACCACCACAGCAUUUGCCCCAGGUCUGCUCACCGCAGCAUCACCACCAUGCCUGCAGACUUCAACGGGAAAUGGACACUGGAGAGCAGUGACAAAUUUGAGGAUUACUUGAAAACUCUGAAUAUCGACUUUGCUACUAGAAAAAUUGCCAUCUCGCUGUCUCAGACUAAGGUGAUCGUUCAAGAUGGAGACAAGUUUGACUUCAAAACGCUCAGCACGUUCAGGAAUUAUGAGCACGCUUUCACUGUAGGAGUGGAGUGGGAUGAGUACACCAAGGGGCUGGACAACCGGCAUGUCAAGAGUUUGGUAAGAUGGGAGGGGGACACACUUGUGUGCACGCAGAAAGGAGAAAAAUGCAACCGCGGCUGGAAACACUGGAUUGAAGGAGACAAACUCUACCUGGAGCUGACAUGUGAAGAUGUGAUUUGUGUUCAAGUGUUCAAAAGAAAAGAAUAGCAUCUGUCCUUAUUGUCACUAGGUUGAUAAAAAAUAGAAUCUACAUGUUUUCCAAGCAUUUUGAAUCAAUAAAUGAUCUUUAAUUAUUCA